UCGCAGAAACUUUGCGAAGUUUCGCUCUCGUCCCGCCGUUGUCGACUCAUACGGACUACUAAAAGCAACGUCUGUACUGCAUUUUGUCUCCGAAGUGUUGUUAGUGAAGCGAAAGUGCGAAUACACCCGUUGCAAAGUUGUGUCCUCAUCUGGGCCAUGUGACACCAAGGGUGGCCGUGUUUGGACUCUCGUUUUGCGUUGCUGAAGAACCGGGAUUCAACAUGUGGUCGUUGAGGAAGCACGCUCGCUCGCGAGUGAUCCUCGCGUUGCAGAACUUGUGCCAGUGGACGCGGUCCAUGUCGGAGAUAAGGGUGCGUUUCGCGCCCAGCCCUACCGGCGAAAUGCACCUAGGGAGCCUUCGGACUGCUCUCUACAACUACCUCUUCGCCAGAAAGUACGGCGGCGAGUUUAUCCUCAGGAUCGAGGACACCGAUCAGUCACGGGUGGUUCCUGGAGCAGCAGAGAGGAUUGUGGACACACUGCGCUGGGCUGGCCUCUGUCCAGAUGAAGGACCUGGACUGGGUGGCAGUGUAGGCCCCUAUGUGCAGUCUCAACGGUUAAAAUUCUACCAAGAGCAUGCACACAGGCUCCUUGAGACUGGCCAUGCCUACCGGUGUUACUGCUCAGAGGCACGCCUGGAAAUCCUCCGGAAGAAUGCCUUACGAAACCAGGAGAUGCCUCGCUAUGACAACCGGUGUCGUUCGCUGGAAAAGAGCCCACCAGGAAAUCAGCCCUACGUGAUUCGUCUCAAGCUGACAGAGGGCAAUGUAACAUUUGAAGACGGCGUUCAUGGGCCAGUAACCCUUGACUUGUCUCUAACGGAAGGAGAUCCUGUGAUCCUGAAAAGUGAUGGUUUCCCAACAUACCAUCUGGCUUGUGUGGUGGAUGACCGGCUGAUGAAGGUGACCGAUGUGCUGCGAGGUGUUGAAUGGCAGGUUUCAACGCCAAAGCACCUGAUGCUGUACAGUGCUCUUGGCUGGGAGCCACCUCGUUUCUGGCACCUGCCUCUGCUACUUAACAAGGAUGGCACCAAACUUUCCAAGCGUCGAGAUGACAUCCGUGUGGAGAAACUGAGAGAGCAAGGCUUUUCGCCUGAGGCGGUGCUCAACCUGCUCGUGUUGGCAGGAGGCGGGUUUGGCAAGCAGCACAAGGACCAGUUCUUUCAGCUCCCCGAAAUGAUCGACAAGUUUUCGCCCGAUGACUUGAAGGCAGGCUCGUGCCGUCUUGACACCGAGCGGCUGCAAUCACUGAACAGGCUGCACCUGCACUCGUGCCUUGGCUCAGUGGAUGGUACACGGAUGCUUGCCAGGCAGUUGCAACAACUUCUCGCUGAUCAGCAAGGCUCUUCAGUCAGUGCUUCCUUUUCCGAACAAGACAUCAUCCAUGUUCUACACCAAACUAAGGAGCGGAUCGACAGUUUACAUGACCUGCUUACUCCAGAGAUGGCAUUCAUCUGGUCUGAUCCCGUUCUCAGCGGACUAGACCAACAGAAACCUGAACUUGUUGCAGCGGUUCACCACUUGUGCAGCCAACUGGAAAACCUGGACAGCAGCCAGUACAAUAGCGACUUCUUGAGCCAGCUUCUGAGGUCAUUGGCAUCUGAGGCUGGGCUCAAAUACAGCGACUUCAUGCGCUGUUUGCGACUGCUACUAAGUGGGCUCAAGCAAGGCCCAGGUGUAGCUGAAAUGAUGCUGCUUCUGGGAAAAGAACGAACGCUUCACCGCCUGCAGCAAGUUCCAGGCAACGAGCUCCAAUCGGGCAACAAAGCCAGUUUUGGGGCCUUUGAGAAAGUUUAACCUGGAGAGUCUCUUAUAUACCAAGUGAGCUGCUUGCCAACGCUACUUGCUUUCAGCGUGUUGUCAGCUUGAAGUAUGCUGUCCAACUUCUUUUGGAACCAGCUGUAGAACUUUGCAUUCAUCAUAUCAAAGGAAAUGUCGUGAGGCCAUCGUAAGCAGGCUGGGCCAUGAUAUUUCUAUUGGAGUUGAGGUGAAGUGAAAGUCUGAAUACUACAGGUACA